CAGGAAGAGGAAGAGGAGGCGGUUGUGGGAGAGGAGGAGGAGGAGGAAGAAGAAGAUGAUGAAGAAGAAGAAGAUGAAGAAGAAGAGGAGGAAGAGGAAGCAGAGGUGGAAGAAGUAGAGGUGGAAGUAGAAGAAGAGGAAGGUCCUCCAGGUCCUCAACAAGAGAUAGUGCUGUCUGAGGAAGGAGACAGUUCGGUGCUUGUGGUAUGCACUGGUACCGUUGAGGAACUUUUGGCAUCUGCAUCCUCAGCUGAGCCAGAACAACUUGAAGCCCCAGAACCCCAGCGUUGGGAAGUGCAUUGGGAAGAGGUGACUGAGUCAUUACAGCCUCCACCUACUGAGGUGGUGCUGCCGCAACCAGAGGUAGAACCUGCGGUUCCUGAGGUAGAACCAAUAGAAGUAGAAUCUGAGGCCUUCUCUACCACACUGGAGUCAGUGGGGAACACCUCCCAGUGGAGGGAGACCUUUGUUGAAGGACGGCAGCGAGAAACCCACCUCACCCCUCCUAGCCUGGACAGAGGGAAUGGUGGGAAGACACGGUCAUCUGCAUCUGGAGGGGGUGGUUUUGUCCUGGAGACUGCUCGCCGACGAUUUCGGCAGUUCUGCUACAAGGAAACAGAGGGGCCACGAAAGGCUUGUGGACAGCUGUGGGAACUUUGCAACCAUUGGCUGAAGCCAAAGAACCGCACCAAGGAGCAGAUUCUGGACUUGCUGAUCCUGGAGCAGUUCCUGGCUGUUCUCCCUCCAGGGAUACGGAACCAGGUAUGGGACUGCAGCCCCGAGACUUGUGCACGAGCAGUGGCAUUGGCGGAGCAGUUUCUAGCAAAGCCACCAGAAGCGGAGCGACCAGAAGAGGAGGAAUCAGACCUGUUUGAGGAGGUGGUGGUGACUUUUCCCGAAGAAGACCAGGCCCUCUCAGAUGCCGAGCAGGGAGAGACCUGCAUGGAGGCAGAGCAAAGGGAUGAUGUGGACAUUUGUUUGCUGGGUUCUUCUGACACCGAGGCCACGUGGGAUUCUUCAGCAGAUGAAGGAGGCUCAGGUGCCAGGACCCCAAGCAGAGCAGAGCCCCAGUUUGAAUUUGGAGAACGGCUCAACGGAGCAAUGCAACACUUGGUCCCUAAAAGGAUCCGUGUGAGAGAGAAACGCCAUCCCUGUAUAGAAUGUGGGAAACGGUUCCGGUGCCAGUCAGAGCUCGCCCUACACCAAAAAGUUCACACAAGGCCAAAAUCCUAUCAUUGUACUGAGUGCGGGAAGCAGUUUGGCCGAUCUUCGCAUCUCACCAGGCACCAGAAAACCCAUAUGGUUGAGGAAUGCCACCUUUGUACUGAGUGUGGCAAGCGGUUCCGGUGGCCGACAGAGCUUGCUAUCCACCAGCUGAUCCACACGGGUGGGCAGCCACAUUAUGCCUUGGACCCCGAGACUUUGUUCCAGUGGCCAUCAGAACUCGCAGGCCACCAGAGUAUUUUCACUAGUGAGAAAACCCCUCCGGCUGUUGAGGUUGUAAAAACCCACACAGUCAAGAAGCCCCACCUCUGUCCAGAGUGUGGGAAAGGAUUCCGGUGGCCAUCAGAGCUUGCUGCGCACCAGAAAACCCAUAACAAAAACAAACACUACCUCUGUGCAGAGUGUGGAAAAGGAUUCCAGUGGCCAUCGGAGCUUGCCGCACACCAGAGAACCCACACAGGAGACAAUUUCCCUCUUGUUGCAGAUUGCAGGAAUAGCAAUGGUCAGCCACAGCAUCUCACUACAUACCUGGGAGCAAACGUAGCCGAGAAACGCCAUGUUUGCGGAGAGUGUGGCAAAGCAUUCCGAUGGCCAUCGGAGCUUGCCACACACCAGAGAAUUCACACAGGGGAAAAACGUUAUUUCUGCACAGAGUGUGGGAAAGGGUUCAUAUGGCCCUCAGAGCUCGCUGCUCACCAGAGAACCCAUACUGAAAAGCAAUCUUAUCAUUGCAUGGAAUGUGGGAAAAUAUUCCAUGACCUCUAUACACUUACAAGACAUCAGAAAACCCACUUGGGAAGCAAAGUGUAUCCCUGUGCUGAGUGUGGGAAAACGUUUAGCCGGCAAUCUCACCUGACUCGUCACCGGAUAACCCACACUGGGGAGAGACCGUAUCCAUGUAUUGAGUGUGGGAAAAGGUUUGGCCGUCAAUCUCACCUAACUCGGCACCUGAGAAUCCACACCGGAGAGAGACCGUAUCAGUGCGGAGAGUGUGGGGUACGGUUCAGGCGGAGACACAGCAUGAUGUACCACCAGAGAAUCCAUUUGAGGGAAUCCUCCAUUGGACCGGACCUGCCAAACCUUCCUGACCAUCUCCAGAGCCCCAUCCAUGUAACAAUUUGAAACUUGAAAACAGGAACACAGGGUGGGUGGGUGUUAAGUUGAUUGUCACAAAAUCCAACAGUGUUCCUCUUGUACUCCUUUGCCCUACAGAGCUGGCCUGAGAGUUUUUUGCCAUCCUAAGUGUCUGCACUGUGGAAUGCGAGUGACGUUCCCUGGAAUCUUUUGCAAUGUGGUGAAGGACACUGGAGACUCAAGUUCUUGGAUUGUGUGCCCAUUGUAUAGGAUCCUGGGAUGUGAACCCGCACACCUCUUGAUUUGUGUGCUGUUUCUUUAGCAACCACCCCUCAAAAGCUGCCCUGGUUAGCCCUGCUGACUUCCCCUGUGUAGUAUCUACAGGGAGAGAGAAGCACUUCAGAAUCUGUAGAGAGGGUCUCUUCCCCUCAGCAGCCAGAACACUCUUCCCUGGAACAUGUGAUGAAUUAUUGAGUGGGUGGGAAGCUGUACUUUUUUCCUCUCUCAAACUGAUUCCUGUUCUUCAGUUUAGUACUGUAUCACAGUUUGACUUGAGUCACUGGAUCCAUCUCCCAAGAGGUCUGUGGAAGGUGACUUUCCCAGCAUUCAGGCCUCUCAUUCUGUUGGGCUUGCAGGAUUGCUGGGUUCCAUGUGCCGCAGGGCAUUUUUGCUUUUAAAUCCUCAUACAGAAAGGAGAAUUGGGAUGAGAGCCACUUUUCCUGUCAGACACUGUGGGAGAAGUUGUCACUUUCCCAAUCCCCCCCCCACACACACAAAGCACGAGAACUUGGUUCUGAAUGAAAUUUGGCAAGCUGUUUCCUCAGUAGCAAAUUCCCCUUUUCUUUCCCUCCUACACAAGAAAUUCAAUUAAUAGACCUAAUUUAUAAAAGAGCAUGAAGCAGAAGUAUCAUCCUUUUUUGCCAGUGGUAUUUUCACCUUCCAGAGCACUUUCUUCCAUUUUGUCUUUCCCCAUUCCUUUCUUGGAAAACAAAGGGCAAGGAGGAUGGAUCUGCACAGGGUUUCCUUCAUUUUCGUUCUGGGUGUGGGCUAUUUAUAUCCAAGAGAAUAUGAGACCACCCUCAUGGAGUAGAAAUAUGAGCUGCAGUAGGAUGAGCAUAAAAUGUCAACUUCAGUGGUAGGAUGUUCUGAAAGGAUAAUUGAACAAGUAGAUAAUCGAUUGAUCUUGGGAUAUGAGUAGGAAAAAGGGCAAACUUGGACCAGCCAGCUCCAGAAUUUAAAAUGGGGGUAGAUGGUUCAACUCUGAACUGGAUUCAACUUUAUAAAUAACCCCCGAGUGUUGGGCAGCUGAGAGUACAGAAGCACUGAGUCAACCCUGUCCCCCCUCGCCAAUUCUGUGGCUUCUUGGGUUGAUUUCACUCCCUCUCUGCAGUGCUUCUCAGUUAUAGGGGGAGAAAAGGGUCAACAUUUUCUUGAAGGACAUUUAUCUUCUUUUUUCCUCCUCUUUGGAUUAACACUUGAGACAAUUGGGACCUCCUAAAAACAAGAA